UUGCUUCAAAAAGUUGGUAAAAGGGUGUACUCGAAUGAUAAAUUUAGAACAAGUCAGUGCUUCCCAGCCUGCAAACAUAGAAGUCUUGAAACGUUUUGGAUGGUCAAUAACCCGCGCCCUCAUAGACGAAGGGCAAAUCUUCGUGUAAUUAGACAUGGUCUCUGA